AUGGCGGGCUGUAUGCUCGGUGGCGGUACCGCUGUCAAUGCUGGUCUGUGGUGGAAGCCAAAUCCUAAAGAUUGGGACUACAAUUUCCCCGUUGGAUGGCGUAGCGCUGCUAUGAAGGCUGCCACAGACCGCGUCUUUUCUCGCAUUCCUGGAACAGUCAGGCCAUCGACUGACAACGUUCUCUACAGAGACGAGGGAUACAAAGUCCUUUCUGGCGGUCUCGCAAAUGCUGGAUGGACAGGUUUUGAUACCCCUAAUGAUCAUCCUGAUCAGAAGAACAGGACUUUUGGUCACACGACCUUCAUGUUCGAUCACGGUGAAAGAGGCGGCCCGAUGGCUACAUAUCUGGUGUCUGCUGCAACCCGCAAGUCCUUCACCCUUUGGAUGGAGACAGCCGCGAAGAGGGUCAUUCGCUCUGGUGGUCAUGUCACAGGCGUAGAGAUUGAGUGCAAUGGUGCCAAUGGACAUGCUGGAACUAUUCAGCUUACUCCCAAUCGUGGCCGAGUUAUCAUCUCUGCGGGAACCUUUGGCACGUCCAAGCUUUUGUUCCGAAGUGGCAUUGGUCCGACUGACCAGCUUGCCGUUGUGCAAUCCUCCACGGACGGUCCGACAAUGAUUUCCACGCAAAGCUGGAUAGACCUGCCUGUCGGCUAUAAUCUCGUUGACCACCUCAACACCGAUACAAUCAUUACUCACCCAGAUGUUGUCUUCUACGACUUUUAUGAAGCAUGGGACGCCCCUAUCCCUAGCGACGAGACCAAGUAUCUAUCGAACCGGACUGGCAUCUUGACUCAAGCUGCUCCUAACAUUGGACCUAUGAUGUGGGAAGAAAUCAAGGGCUCCGACGGUAUCGUUCGCCAGCUUCAAUGGACGUCUCGUGUUGAAGGCGACUCUUCCUUCACCACCUCAACGCAUGCCAUGACGAUGAGUCAGUACCUCGGUCGUGGCUCUGUCUCUCGAGGACGGACCACAAUCACCAAGCGUCUGGACAUGACUGUGUCUGUGCAGCCCUUCCUCCACGACGACUAUGAUAAGGAGGCAGUUAUCAAGGGCAUCGAGAACAUGCAAGCUGCUCUGGCAAACGUUCCCAACUUGACCUGGAUCGUGCCUCCACCAAAUGUCACUGCUUCCGAUUACGUGAACAAGCUCAUCGUCACAGCAAAUGGACGUCGAUCGAACCACUGGAUGGGUACUGCAAAGAUUGGCACCGACGAUGGCCGCACGGGGGGUAGCGCCGUAGUGGACGUGAACACCAAGGUAUACGGUACCGACAACCUGUUCGUUGUCGACGCAUCCAUCUUCCCCGGCCAGCCGACUGGUAACCCCUCCGCCAUGAUUGUCAUCGCCGCCGAGGCCGCCGCCCAGCGUCUGCUGUCCCUUGCAUUCCCAACACCUGGUCGCUACGGCGCGCAGUGUGGCGGUAAAUCCUGGACCGGCAGCUUCACUUGCGCGGCGCCACUGGCGUGCCGUUAUGUAGACGAGGACUUGUCGCUGUGUGCACAAGCGCCCAAGGUAUAA